AAACAAAGAGAGAAAUCUGAUAUGAUAGGGCAACCCACAAGACAAAAGCAGAGGGAAAAGAGAAACAAAGAGAGAGAACAGAGAGAGAUGGAAGGUGAGAAUGAGAAAGGAAGGGUGUGUGUAACAGGUGGUACAGGAUUCAUAGCAUCAUGGCUCAUCAUGAAGCUUCUUCAACAUGGCUACUCUGUUAACGCCACCAUUAGAUCUCACCCUGGAAGCAAGAAAGACAUCAGCUACAUAACAAACCUACCAGGAGCAUCAGAAAAGCUCCAAAUCUUCAAUGCAGAUCUCAGUGAACCACACAGCUUUGAGGCAGCCAUUGAGGGAUGCAUUGGGGUUUUCCAUGUUGCCCAUCCUGUUGAUUUUGAAGCCAGAGAACCAGAGGAAACUGUGACCAGAAGAUCAGUGGAAGGAACACUAGCCAUUUUAAAGGCAUGCCUGAAUUCAAAGACAGUAAAGAGGGUUGUCUACACCUCUAGUGCAUCUGCUGUUGUGUUCAAUGACAAGGAUGAAGACAUGAAGGAUGAGAAUUCAUGGAGUGAUGUGGAGUUCAUCAGGUCUCUAGGGUCUUUUGCAGGGCCAUACAUGAUUUCCAAGACACAAACUGAAAGGGCAGCUCUUGAAUUUGCAGAAAAACAUGGCCUGGAUCUUGUGACUUUGCUUCCUUCCUUUGUUGUUGGUCCCUUCCUUUGUCCAUUUCUUCCUGGAUCAGUGCAGAUGGCACUUACUAUGAUCAAGGGUAUUCAGGAUCAGUACCAGAAUCUUAUGAACACAUCAAUGGUGCAUGUAGAUGAUGUAGCCAGUGCCCAUAUCUUUCUUCUUCACUACCCCAAUGCAAAAGGCAGAUACAAUUGUUCAUCAAAUACAAUAACAAUUAAUGAGAUGUCUGAGUUUCUCUCUGCCAAGUACCCACAACUUCCAAUCCCCACAACCGAGUCUUUAAGUGGGAUUCAAGGUUACAGAACACCUGGCGUCUCAUCAAAGAAGCUUUUGGAUGCGGGUUUUGUAUUCAAGCAUGGGCUGGAUGAAAUGUUUGAUGGAGCAGUUCAAUGCUGCAAAGAAAAGGGCUUUCUUUAGUUUAUGUUUGGGCACUAGCUCUUCACUUUCAGAAAGUUUGCUUGUAUUUCAUGGUCUGUGAUGACUGAUGACUUAUGUUUUGUUAUUGUUUAAUAUUAGACCUGGCCAAGUGUAUGAAUACUUACAUGAGCAUUUCAAUGAUUUGAUUUGAUUCUCAUUAA